AGAAACAAACUAGUUGUUGCUAAAGCGGUGAAUUUGAAAAAAGAGCAUUUUACUGGCUGUGUCGUCGUAAUAUUCUCAAUUCCCUAAAGUUACAAAGUUGUUUCGAAUAGCAGUACGCCAAUACUAUGGGACAGAUAGUAACAUCACUCUGAUUUAGCUGAUGGAAUUAAAUAGUGAGUCAGAUCUAACGUUUUUCAAUGAUUCUGAUGAUGAUUUUCUCAAUGACGGUAUAUUCUCGGAGUUUACAUCUAAACACAUUACGAAGUCCUCUGGUUUCCACAAGUCAUCAUCUGAAGAACUUUGCUUUCAUAAAUCCCCAUUGAAAGGCACUCAUUCAACGAAAAAAAUCAUUCGUAAUUCAAGUAAAGGAACAUCCAGACAUCGUAAACUCCCUGGCCCAGCAGGUUUACUUCCAAAGCUUCAUGAACAUGGUAAUCGUCAGCGUCCUAUGAUUGGGUCAAAAUCACCCAAAAAGAAGAAAGAUGAUAAUGUAUCUAGCUUGACUGAAAGCUGUCUAUCACCAUCGUUAUCUCAGAAUCAAUCAUCUUCAAGUCAAAGUGAAGAAGCUGCUUUGUUAAACAGACUACAGUCAGAAUGUGGUCCAACCAUAUGGUCGGUUGUCGAAAAAUAUUCCGUCAGAGAAAUUUUGAAAAUGAUCACUUCUAAUCAACUACCGAAAGGUAAAAUCCCAAUAAUGUGCGGUUUUCUUGAUGAAGUUGAACUAAUGCCUACGGACGCAAAAGCAUUGUUAAAAGACAAUUCAGGAGUUUUGGCUUGUACAAUCCACCGUUCAGUGAUAAAGGAAUAUAAAAACGACUUGGGUUGUUGUUCCCUACUUCUGUUGAAACAGGUUACUAUUUUCAGUCCAACUGGCAAAAAGUUUUAUGCCAAUAUAACUCUUCCAAAUAUUGUAAAAAUAUAUACCCCCGAAAAUACUAUUAUUACUUCAGCAUCUGGUCAUCAUACAACAGCACCUCUUUCUUCUCCAUUAUCUCUUCGAGAAGUGGAAGCUUUAGAAGAAGAUUGUUUAAGAGCUCUUUCACCACCUUCAACUCCAAUACCACAAACAAUCUCGAUAUCUCCUAUCCUAAAACCUAUCUCUUAUCGAAUACAACCACAAAUCAAUCAAUCUUCAUCUGGUUUAAAAUCAGAAUUAUCAACUACAAAAAGUUAUACGUUUCAAUUACGUCCAAAUGGUUUAGGUACUUUAUUAAAGUCUAAUUCAAUAUCAGUCAGUAAUCAAGUCAAACCAUCAAUCUGUGAUAAUAAUAAUAAUUUACAGAAAAAAGAUUAUCAACAAAAUAUAAACUCAACGACUAAUGUUACUGCUACGACUAUGACUACUACUACCCUACCUGAUUCAUUAACAGUGAAAGAUGAUCUUCUAGAAGAUGACAUGGAUGAUUUAUUAUCUAGUAUAGCUGAUGAAAUUCCUUAGUCGUUGAAUAUAUAAAGAAACAAAUCAAAUGGUGAUAUAAUCUAUGAAGCAGAUAUAAAUGAUCGACUCUUUAGUGUAAUAUACAUCACGAUUGGUUCUUCUUCUUCUUCUUCUCCUUGUUGUUGUUCUUCUUGUUUAUUGGUUAUUACUUGACUUAUUUGAUGAGAUUAUAAUUUAUGAACAACUUUAAAUGGAUCUUAAAAGUGUAUCCUUUCAUACUAUGACUAAUAAAUAAGGAUUAUAAUGAAUUAAAAUUCAUAUUUUAUAAUUGAUAGUUCAAGAUUAACAAUUUACCUAUAGAGUUUUCAUCAUGAAUUGAUUUCAAUUAUCAUGUUCAAAAAGGGAUGAAUGAGUUUCGCGCCAAGAUCUACUAAUGUCAAUUUGAUUGGUUCAUCUAUAAAUUAUAAUCUCACCAACUAUUUACUAUAUUACGUAAUUAGUCAUCAGUAAAUUCACUUUGUUGUUGGUGUUAUUGCUGUUGUUGUUGUUGUUGUUGUAUAUACAUUCCAAUGGAUUGUUGAUUAUUGUACAUAAAAUGAAAUUAUUCAUCCUUCUCUCUUCAUGUAUAUUUGCAUAUUAUUGAUAGUUUAAAAUGAAGAAUUUAUUAAUGAAUAAAUAGAAAUUUAUAUUUU